AUGACUAUCAAGAACGGAACAGAUGUCUUGUAUACUAUCAAUCUCGUGACACAAGCUAUCUGUAUUCCAAUUGUGACUGUCUUCGUGGCAUUACGAUUCUAUACCCGGUUUCGAUUUAAGCAAUCCCUAGGGGUUGAAGAUCUUGCCUGUACGAUUGCUUGGUUGCUGUUUAUAGGAUAUUGUGCGAUAUCUAUUGUCAUCGGUCAACAUGGCGGAGGAUACCCAAUUGCCGAACUCGACACUAAAGAUCAAAUCGCAUUCAAAAAAUUCUGCUACAUUGCGACCAUUCUCUACUGCCCGAUGGCCCUCUUCGUCAAAGUCGCCCUCCUAGCAAUUCUCACCCGAAUCUUCGCUCCCUUCCGCGGCAAAGUCUGGUUCAUCUAUAUCUUCCUCGGCUGCCUAUGCUGCUACUACACCGUCGCCCUGAUCGUUAAGAUUCGCAUUUGCGCCCCCAUCCCCAGGUACUGGCUCGGUGACCAGGUUCCGGGAAGCUGCCUGAACCAAACCGCCGCCCUCAUCGCCGACUCAGUGAUUAGUGUCGUCAGUGACCUCAUCAUCCUUAUUCUCCCAAUGCCAUUGACAUGGUCUUUACAAAUGUCGCGCAAUAAAAAGCUGCGCGUGAUAGGCCUGCUUAGCGCUGGUGGACUGGCCACUGGGUUCAGUCUUUACCGAUUGAUCCUGGUAUUGAAAGGUUCAGGUGAUGAGGGCCUCAUGUUCGUUCGUGUCAUCUUAUCAGGCAAUGCCGAGGCAGGUGUUGGAUUGAUCUGUGCCUGUCUACCUGUCCUCAACGUCAUGUUGGCCCAUUACAAGAAGAACCACUCGUCGCAGAAAUACUACCAGAACGGCUCGUCCCAUCCGCUGAGUGAUAGGAAAUCAGCCCCGGCUUCCAAUGUUGCUCCUGACUGGGACAAAGUGACGAACUUCGGUGACCAGAGCCAUCUAAUUUCAUUCGCCGGUCCCCCAGAGGCUGGCGACUCUGCGGAAUCUAUCCACAAUCAGGAUGGCAUCAGGAAAACGGUGGCUGUGUCACAGACUGUGGAGACACAUUAA